UUGAUCGCAAAAUCCGCAGAAUGCAGGUCGCGCUGCAUGGAAGUUGGAAGGCCGUUUCCGCGCUGCGGCCUGCGGCCUGCGCUGCGCACUCCGCUCGCGCCGCCAUUCGUGCCCCAGCCGCCGCCGCGCCCGCACGCGAUGGCGAACGCGCGCUAACGACCACCGCCCGACAUCCCGCUGUACGUGUGUGCUGUGAAUACCAUACUUCCCUCGCCCGCAUCAGCAUGUCUCGAUCAAAAGGCGCCAUGGCUUCGCCUACGAACAGCUUGUUGCUGCUCGCCUGCAGUCUCGUCAUUUGCCACGCGGUUCCUUUGCCGGUCAACAUCACGAGUGCCGACUUGGGAUUAAAAGAAGGCAGCUGCGCGCUAGGCGACGUGGUGUACAUGCCGGGCGACGAGUUCCCGGGCCCCAGUCCGUGCGAGCGCUGCAGCUGCGCGCGCGGCGACGUGCUUUGUGCGCGCGAGCGCUGUGAGCCGCGCCCCGGCUGCAAGGCGGUGCACCGGCCCGACCUCUGCUGCCCCACCUACCAGUGCGAGUGCGAGCAGGAGGGGCGCAUCUACGGCAACGGCGAGAAGCUGGUGGACCCGGCGGACCCGUGCCGCGUGUGCUACUGCCAGGGCGGCGAGGUGGUGUGCCGGCGCAUCGCGUGCUUCGUGCGCGACGACUGCCGCCCGCGCGUCGUGCCCGGCCGCUGCUGCCCCGAGUACGACAACUGCCCCGUCAGAGGUGUAACAUCAUUGCCCGGCAUGACUCCGUUGAUUCCGAAUCCUUCUUCAGUAGAUGAGAUGGAACCGAGCGACGCUCCCGCCCCACCUGCUGAGCCGCUGAUGCCCGAAAUUACCAUAAAAGAGAUUACGCCAGUUUCUGAAAUUCCUGUUAUUACCAAUGUUAAGAUAAAGGAAAUAUUACCGUCACAGAGCAUCGAAGUUGCUGAAUAUUCGUCAUCGAAAUCACCCCUUAUUCCCAGAGAAGUCACUUCUGAAAAAAACCCAUCGAGUGUGGAGUCAACUGAAAACGGCGACAAACCAGAAACAAAGGACACAACCCUUUCGGAAAUGCUUACAACGUCAAACGAAAAGUCAGCUGAAAUAAAAAGCAACGAUGACCCAUCUCCAUCCAAGAUAAGUCUUUCUACUGAACAAGACAGUGUUAGUACUUUUGAACAUCAAAUACCUAGCAUUAUUCCAAUGAUGGGAGGUCCAACUGUUAUUCUACAUACGGAGCCAUUAACUACUAAAGCUCCGAUGCUUGAAGAAGAGGAUUUGGAUCACAAUCCUGCAUUUCCGCCGAUUCCUGAUGAUUUAUUCAUAGGAAAUCAUGAAGAAGAAAUAAUACCUGACCAAAAUUUAGAAAGUGAACAUGUGCCAAUAGACCAUGUGGUCACAAGCGUAUCGAAUGUGCCAAUUUCUACGGAGGAACCAAUUUUUAAGGAACCCAGUGUGACAUCAGUCAGCUUUGUUACUGAAGCAGCCUCGAGUACAAAAUUUAAUACACAAGAGACAUCUUUUGAGUCUAGUACUCUCAAAGACGUAGCGAGCACCGUACAACCUUCACCGACAUCAAGAGAAAAUUCUGUACUUAACAUGAGAUCGGUGAUACCUACCGAAAUUUUAAAUGUACCAUCAUUAAUUUCCGAUGACGUCACUGGCGACUUUCUUGAUGUCACAGAAAGUGCAGUCACAUCAGAUAUCGUGGGUGAUGAAUCCACAGAAUUAUCUGAUACUGAUGUCGCACCAAAAUAUUUGAACGAAAUCCAGCUAAACGUUGAAGAGAAUAUUUCUGAAUCCAAUUUAAAUGACACUACAACUUCGGAACCACUACAAAAAACAUCAGAAAAUAUAGAAUCGAUAGAUGUGUCAGAGCAACAAACUAGUACCUUAUCUAAAUCUACAGAAAUUAUAUCACGAACUGAGUUCAGUUCUAUUCCAAUAGAAACGAGUGAUCAAAAUCCCCGUGAAACUUCAGACAAAGAUAAUAAAGACAAAAUUACUAUCUCCACGUCGGAUUAUUUAGAGUCAUCCACGAUAUUGCCAGAGAUUGGGGAACCUUACACUGAAUCUAAGAGUACUGUAACUCAAAGCGAAGGCCAAUCGUUUGAUAACGAAGAAACCACAGAAUUUAUACCAACAUCCUUUAACUCACAGGAAAGUGCAACAGAAGACGUGGAGUUGAUUAAAGUAUCGUCAGAAACUAAUAAAAGCUCUGCUAUAAUUGAGCCUCCUCGUGCGAGGAACAAUAAUGUUUUAACAGAUCUCAUUAACUUAGUCGGUGACGUCGCAUCCAUCAGUGACCACACAACGGGACCCAAUGAAGCCUCCAGUCCAACUACUAUCUCUGACUCCGAGGAAUUAAUUCCAGUCAACGUAGCUGCUGGUUACAAAAGCAAAAACAAAAACUGGAAUUUAAAUUCUAUCACUGAAAUACCAAUCAAGAACAAAGUAGCCGUACCCCUGUCGAAACAAAAGGUGGUGGAGAUCGAGGAUGACACCGACAAUAUUACAGACUCUCCUCCACCAUACGACAAAGUAGAACCUACCACAAAACCACCUAUAAUCGAUAAUGUGUCAGAUGACACACCUGAAAAUAAGACGGUCAUGACAAAUAGGAAAGAUAUUGAAAUAAUAACACAAUCAUACGUCCCGACGAUCAACAGGCGGCCAACUAAAGUCGUCAUGAAAAAGAACAAUGAGAAACCAACAUCCGAGGAAUCCUCCAGUGAGGAGGUUACAAACCAACCAACCAAGGCGCCAACCGAGGCAACUACCGAUAGCGACACCAGUGCGUCACGCGAAGUCGUCAACGAUGCAGACGUCACUACGACAGAUUCAGAUGCCGAGGAAAAAACAACGGAAGAAACCACGGAAUCGCCGACCACCCCGUGAGCGCGCGCGCGGGCGACUGUCGACGGAACCUCAGCUUCAGCAUUUUGUAGUUAUUAAGUUUCGUUCUUGAAACUAUAAGUUACGUAGAGACUAUUAGGUAUAUCAUUACGAAGAGCCUAUCGGAUAAUUUAAUUGUCAAUUGACGUCCGUGCAGCGUAGCGCAGCGGAUCUAUAUUUAUAACUUUAAUGUAAGUAGACGCCAGACGUUCGGUUGAAUUUAUUAAUUGUAUUAGCUGGACAAAUUAUUUAUAAUUUUAGAUGAUAGCGUAUCGCGGGACGAUGGCGAGCGCGGGGCGCGCUUGCGACGCGUCGUCGAAGUAAACAAGUAAAAGCUUUUCGUGUUAGCAUAAGUUAUUUAUUUUAGUGGCAGUAACGUGAGUAGGAUUGAUAAGUAAGCAACUAAGCUAGUCAUCCUGUGACAGGCGAGCGCCUGCCCCUUACACGGUGUCGGACUUCUCGCACACUCAGGAUUUUAACCGAACUUGUCCAAUUCAAAUUCAGUACAUAAAAGUGGGAUGUUGUCUAUCCACUCGAUUUAUUUUUCACAAAAUGAAACUUAGUGUUGAUCGAAAUUGAAUCUAUAUCUUGUAUAUUGACUGUGAUUCAAGUUCAGCUCAAAUAGAGUGCCAACUUCGUAACUAUUACGUUUAACGUGACGUAAACUAAUGUAACACGUUGUUCGCUCGUGUCCGAGUGUCCAACACCCGCUCAGUCCGACGCCACACUCCACGUUGCCUUCACUCCGUACAGACCAGCUCGUAGUCGACGCCGCUUCGAACGGACGCAACAAAGUCGGUUGGUACAAAACGAAUUUGAUACAAAAUAUUCAACCUUAUGAAUAGUUCUAGUUCAAUUAGUAUACAUGUGACGCACAUAGCCGUUAUUUACUGCACUUUUAUGAUAUACCGAGAUGUUGUUGAGGGAAAGCUUUUUAUUCCUGAGAAGGCUCAAAUAUGUUGUAAGAGUGUUUGGAAGCAGACAAAUAUUUUCUGGACGUACCUAUUCUUGAAUUCUUUAUACUGUUUUAGCUGUGUAUCCGUUUUUAAGUUCGGGCGAGGCCAGCGUUCGGUUCGUUCCACUAAGUUGGUCCUGGAUGCUCCUUCUUGCUCCGGAAGACCGUAUCUUUUCCCGGGCAAUAAGCGCAUGUGCUCAUUUGUAUUUUAUUUAAAACUAUUGUUUUUUACAAAUAAAACAAUUUAGACUGAAA